UUAAGUCAAGAGUACAUAUGUAGCGCCCGCCCGCCCAAGCAGGCAGGCAGACAGGCAAGACAGACAGGGUCCCUGUCUGUUCUGUCGUGCCGACACAGAUGGAUGGGAUUGACGAGGACACGGACAAGCAGCACACUGAUUGGUUGGUUCAAUCCAUAUCCCUUACCUCUGCUCCUUACCUAACGACUGCAAUGUCGGCUGUCGGUGCGAAAAUGCACGCACACAGACAUGCACAUGCACACGCACAACAUUGCCCGCCCAUCCGUGCAGAUAGAUGGCAUCAACCAAUCACACACACACUCUUACACCCCCUGUGCGGUGACGCAGUCAGUGGUGGGUGUCUAUCGAGGUGCCAUGCGAAAGGCCAGUUCGCAGCAGCAGGUCCCGAAGGCAUUCUCCUCCUUGUGGAACAACCGAUAGCCCCGACCCUCGAUGCCCCCCACCAGCAGGUCGGCGUCUCUCUCCCCCCAGCGGCCCAUCAGAUGCACUUCCACCUCCACCUCUCUCACCGCCGGCCACCUGCCCCCUCCCAAUCCCUCGAACUCGCCACCCUCGAUGUCCACCUUGAGCAACUCUAUCGUCCGCUCCUCGUGGCCGAGUGCCCGGACAAUGGCUGGCAGUCCGACGAGCUGCGGCGACGUGGGGGUGAGGGUGAGGUUUGGGUCGUUGGAUGGGGCGGGGAGGGAGAAGUGGCCGAGGCCAUAUCGGUGGAAAUGGACACCUGCCGGGGCAAAGGAGGGGGCCGAGAUAAAGGGGUCGAACGUCUGCACAGCACAGGACAAAAGAGACUGAUAGCCGUGGCGUGGGACACCCAUAUCAUCUUUGCAGACUCUCUUACGGACGUGUAUCUCGCACCCCGGGGCAGUGUUCAGGACGGCACUCUCAAAGGUCCAGUCGUUGUUGCUCCCGAACGAGUACACGAGGCACCUCUCCCCCUGAUCUGCCAAAGUAGACGGCUCACACACCCAUUUGCCUCCAUCCAUCUGAUUGAAGAAAUCGCCGCCAAGCCGCCUCUCGUUGCUGCAGUGGAUGGACGGCUGGUAGUGAGUCUGCCAGAAGUCGUGGAGCUCCGCGGACCGCUCAGGGCUCGUGUCGUUGAUCCCAUAGUUGAGCCGGGCGGCGGCGUUGUGGCGCUGGAAUGAGAGAGAGGGCGAAUGCGAAUGCGAAUGCGAAUGUGGCCUGGGCUCCCUCUCGGUGGCGUUGCGGAUGGCUGCCAGUGAGAAGAGGGCAGGGAACACGAAUGCCAGGAGUGGCAUAUGCAUCUUCAGCUCAGGCGAGGGAGGAACCGUUGUGGCUGACCGACAGGGCGGGACGGCACAAGCGACUGCCAGUGGUUGGGGGUGUGGGCAGAAGGGAUAUUAUGUUCUCGGGGCCCCCAUCUCAGUGGCCAAGACAGUCUCACAGUUGCCGACUCACUGCGAGGCGUUCGCGAAGCAGUCGCGAAGUGAUAACACUUACAGCACCAGUUUCGUCGUUAGCUGGUAGGAAUCCUCCCCCCAUGAUUGAGUUGGUGAUUUCUCGG